GCAUCCUGACCUUGACUUUGCUAUUCCACUUGCCAAAUUGAUCACUCGAAAUCUUAAACUAAGUUGGCAGAUUGACUUAGUCAGCUCUGCAAUUGUUUAUCUGUCAAGAAGACAAUAGGAAUUGAAGAAGGAAGAGAGUAAACAAGAAGAACAGAAAGUAAUGGAGUACAAGCAUUUCAGCCACCAGCACAAUCUCAAUAUCUACAAAGUGCAGCAAGGGCAAAUUUGUCGUUGCCAUGGGUGCCAAUCUCUUUGCCAUGAUUCCAUUUAUGCUUGCUGGGCAUGCGAUUUCUUCCUUCAUGAGCAUUGUGGAAAUGCAACUCGUUAUGUUAACCAUCCUGCUCAUCCCCUGCAUCCUCUGAUCCUGAUUCCUUCUCCAACUUAUUGCAGCGGUUCAUUUGUAUGCAACGCUUGUGGGGAAAUUGGCAAUGCAUUCUCCUAUUGCUGCGCACUUUGUGAAAUUGAUCUUCAUCUCAACUGUGCCUUUAUGCCACCAAAGGUAAGCCACAAAGCCCAUCAACAUGAGCUUGUAGUUAGUGUUGGUAGCCCAGAUCGAAAGGGUGCUCCUGAAUUUUGCAAAAUAUGCACCAAAGAGUUGAACUCCAAGAACUGGUCAUACUGUUGUCUUAAGCCUGAAUGCGAUUUUCGGGUGCAUACUUUUUGUGCUACUUCAGAGGUGAAACCAGGUCUGUAUCAGGGAGAUGAUCCGGAUUCUGAAAUCCCUGAACCAAAUUCAGCAGCAACUGAAGCCAAUGGAAAUCAGCCUAAGCCGGCUCCUCCUAAACCAUCAGAUCCUGCUGCUGAAUUGCUGGAGCUUCAGCUUCAGAUGCAAAUGGCUCAGCAACUCGCACAGAUGAUGGCAUCUUUCAAUCUCAGCCAGUUUGUGUAGACUGGAAACAUAUAUGUCCAAGAAGCUGGCUUUGUUGAACUUGUAUGAUUAAACACCAAUGCUUUUGUUUUUCCUUUCCAAUUGGCAUGUAUUUC